AUUUCCUUGUGACCGCCCCCUACCCUAUACCCUAUAAUAAUAUGUAUUGAACAAAAUGGACAACCAAGCCAAUAUACAAAUAUAUAUUUGAUAGAAAUGCAAUAAAAAGCUCUCUAUAACAAGCUAACUAUAUCGUUCUGUAUAUAUACACAAAGGGGUCUGUUCCAUGGCUGCAGUCGCCUCCCGUCCGACAGUUAGAAGUGGCGGCGACUACAAACACAUGACAUGUCAACAUUUUGUCCAAACUUUCAUCACCAUGCAACAAAGUCAACACAUUUUUUGUUUAAAUCAUAGAAAGACGAAGCUGAUCACUUUUCUGAGCUGAAAAAUCUUCGAAGCUGAUUACUUUUCUGAGCUGAUACAUCUUCACAGCACUGAUUUUUAUUUUGAGGGUUUCAAUGUUCAAAGCCGAAUCUUCUGUCAGUUUAAAUGUUCACAGCGAGCCACGCUCUAAGCUGAUUAGCUUACCAUCUGUCACAUCAGCUUACCAGCGGCCACAUCAGAUUACCAGCUGUCAAAUCAGAUUACCAGCCGUCACAUCAAAUUACCAGCCAGCACAUCAGAUUACUAGCCGUCACAUCAGAUUACCAGCCGUCACAUCAGAUUACCAGCCGUCACAUCAGAUUACCAGCCGUCACAUCAGAUUACCAGCCGUCACAUCAGAUUACCAGCUGUCACAUCAGAUUACCAGCUGUCACUUCAGAUUACCAGCUGUCACAUCAGAUUAAAGUCUUGUAGAAUGUAUCUAGAUGUGGCUAACCUUCAACUCCCCUUCACAAUGCCGUGCCACAGAUGUUAUUGUUAUCCCAGGAAAUACCUCCCCCUCCCCCAACAAAAAUGUAUAACAUGCCAUAACCACUCAUGUCUAAAAAAGUACUGCACCCCACCACUCAUGUCUAAUAAAGUACUACACCCCACCACUCAUGUCUAAUAAAGUACUACACCCCA